AUUGCAUCAAAGGAUAGUAUCGUGAGUUUGAAGUAAUACGGAUACAUAAUGAAUAAGAAUUUCCUUAUUCCACCUUCGCCAAAUUGGUUUCAAUCGCAUAUAUUGGCCUGUGCUCCGGAUAAUACUUUGAUAUACGGUUCGAAAAGUGAUGUCGUUAUUUUUCAUCCAUCGCCAGAAGAUGAAUCUCAGCAGGUGGAAAUUUUAACAGAUGAAGGCUCCAAUCAAAGAGUGGUCUGUGUGGACAUAACUCCAAAAUGGGAUUUUCCGAAUAAGUGGGUAUUGUGUUCUUGGGAAGAUAACUUGAUUAAAAUAUGGGACAUAAAGAAACGGCAAUGGAAAAAGUGCAGCCCAUCUCAUAAAGGAGACAGGGACAACUUGGUCGGGGCUCGCUUCUUAACGGAAGAUCGGAUAUUAAGUGUUACUGAAAGCGGAGCUAUUGCUUUGUGUCAUAUACCUCAAUUGAAGUUUUCUCACUUGCCUAAUGUAUUACAAAGUAAAGUUAAUGUAGCUUGCUUUGCACCCUGUCCACAUUCGUCCAGUUUAGUAGCUCUUGGGUUGAAAAAUGGUCUUAUAGUUGUUGUGGAUCUCAGAAAAAAUGGCAGUAUACUGCACAGGCUUCGAGGGCAUACUAGUGAAGUAAUUUCAUUAUCUUGGUGCCCAGCGCCUGUGAACAUAUUUCCACUCAAACCCGGAAAUCUAAUUCGAACCAAUAGUGAAGAUCUUGACGCUAAAGAUGACAAUAAAAUUGAAACAAAUACUGUGUGUAUCAUUGAAGGUGAAAAAGGAGAUGAACUUAAAGAAGAUGGUACUUCGUUGGUUGAUUCAAAACCUAAUCUUGAAGUAUGCAUGGCAUUGAGUGAUAAAUCCGAAAUGGAAGGACUUGAUAAGGAUCAUCAAGUUAGUAAUUCUCUAAUUGAAAAAAUUGAGGACUUAAUCAUUAAAGAUGAGCUGAAAAAUUCAGAGCAAAAACAAAUAAAUGAGUCACAAGAAGCUGUUGUCUCUGUUAUUGAGGAGUCCCAAGAGAAAUCUAUAGUAACUUCUUGCAAGGAAGAUCGGGAGUGUUCUGAAAAAGUUGAACCUAUUGUGGAGGAAUCUGACUCUUGUGGUGUUGAAGUUGUUACGGAAGACUCAAAAAAGGAAGAAAUAUUACCAGUUUCUAGCAAAGAUCAAGAAGAGAAGUCUUCUGAAAAUAUCGAAUCUAUUGAGGAAGAUCCACCUUUGGCCACCACCUCUAAUGAAGAUGUGAAGUCUUGUGAAACUGUUGAACCUAUUGUGAAGGAAAAACAAGAAGAAUUAUUAGCUACUAGUGAAGAAACUCCACAAACCAUGCCUCCUAAAAGCGCACAACCACUAGUUGAGGAACCAAAGAAAGAGUUUUUGUUAGCUUCUUGUGCAAAAGACAGUUAUGUGAAUAUUUGGAGAGCAAAAAGUGACGGGAGAUUACAGUGCUUUUUCAAAAUUGUUGAUAAGAAAGUUCAUGCACCUAAGAACAGAAAACCUACAAGUUCAGUAUGGUUUGCCAUAAAAUGGAUAACUCCAUUUUCCCUCCUUGUUGGUACAAGAAAAGGGGAGGUUCUAAAAUAUACUUUACCUAAACCACUUGACGGAAGAAAAGAGUAUACAAUGCUACAUAAUGAGCAUAAUAACUUCAUUUUUACGAUAGCAGCUCAUGUCCCUAUCUUGACAGAGAAGGACUGGUUUGUUGAAAACGUAAUUAAAAUAUGGACGUUCUCACAUGAUAUGUACCUUUUGAACACAAUUUUGGAUUCUAAAAUAACUCAUCUAGCAACUAUAGAAACGUUUUGUGCACUUGUUAAUUGUAUGGCACUAUCUCCUGUAGAUCCGAGCAGAAUUGCCUUGGGCCUCUCUAAUGGGACCAUCAAAGUUUGGAAUGCAAAUAGUUCUAGCCCAAAAUCUUUUUCGACAGUUAAUUAUUCUCCAAAGAUUUUUGGGAAAAUUACCUGCUUGGACUGGCAUCCAACAAAUGAACUGAUCAUUGCAUUCAGUACAGAAGAAGGCACUAUAGGACUUCUCAAUACCAAUGUCAAACAAAAGGCUACAUGGUUCCAGCAAUACUUCUCGAGCACCAUUCACAGGAUCCAAUGGGCGCCUUAUGCCGAUAAAACUUGGUUAUAUGCAAUUGGAAAAGGAAGCCUGGUCUGCUUCGAUCCAGAAGACCCAAAAAAAGAGCCAAUUAAAAUAGAUUUAAAAUCCGAUGCUGUACCUUACUAUUUUUCUUGGAAAUUGGACAUGUCUAUGAUGUUAUUAUCGAAUAGUUGCGGAAAAAUUAGCGUUUACGAUUCGAAACUUGCCCAUAUGGCUUCUUAUUAUAAUAAUAAGAAAAUUUCGCUCAUGCUUUGGCAUCCAGAUUCUGUAUGUGAAACAACAACUCCCAGAUCAUUCUGGGUAGCAUCGGCCAUGGACAACAUAUUAUAUUUGUUCGACUUUGCGGAGGUUACAGAGAAACAGGGUACUCUCAAUAUUGAGGACGUUGUUAAAACAAAGAUGACAAUACACUGUGGUAGCAUAAAGAGCUUGGCUUGGAGUCAUUUUGUUGCCAACCAACUAGUAACAGCUGGCGAAGAUGGACUAGCCUAUGUUUUGGAUAUCGCAACUGAAACAAUAUUGGCAUCCUAUUAUGAUGCAAGAUUUAACUCGAUCAAGGCGAUUGUUUGGAGCCCCAUUGAGGAAGAUUUACUUAUUAUGACAUUGUCGAGAUGCGCAAUGUUGAUGGGAUGGAAAACAGAGGACCAUAAAGGAGCUUUAAGUGAAGAUGUACUGAAGGAAUGUGAAAACCACGUGAAAAAUUCUAAAAAGUCCAACGUGUCAACACAAAAGGAAGAAGAAGCUGCAAAGAAGAUGAAGAAAGUAAUAAAAACUGCGAAGAGUGUUAUACUUCCCGCUGUGAAUAUUGGGACAAUCGAACCAGGUGAGGAAAAAGUGAAAAUUUUACGGGAAAUUUUGGAAGAGACGGAGGAGAAUUUUUCGAAAGAGAAAUCGUCAUUCGGAAAGUUAUUUGGUACCAAAGAUGAAGUUAUGACUCUGCUAAAUACAAGUGAACAAUCACACAUAAGUAAAGGAAAGUUUGAAGCUGCAACAACGGUAUCCGUUUUUAAAGGCGAUUUAAAAGACCAUAUCGUUGAAGCAAUCGAACAGUAUAGAGUAACCCCUCUUCUGAUUUCUCUGGCUCCGAUGGUGUCAAUAAGCUUGUGGCAAAAAGCUUGUCAAACAUACGCUGGUCAACUUGCUGGUAAGCCAGAUGCCGAUCCUUUGGAAGUGGCACUCCACUUUUUGGCCUGUAAUAAUAUCGAACAGGCCAUCGAGUACCUUUGUGAGAAAGAACUCUACAAAGAGGCGCUCUCAUUAGCGAAAACUAGAUUACCACACGACAGUAUUAUCAUAGAAAAUAUAGUGAUGAGGUGGGCUCAGUUUUCAACAAUUUGUGGAAACUUAGAAACAGGCGCCAUUUGUUAUAUUAAAUUGGGGAAAUAUGAAGAGGCAGUUAAAUUGUUGUUUAGAAGGAAUGAACUGAACAUCUUGAGCUUAGCUCUUGAGUUGGCUGAAAAAACAGGAAAUACAGAACUGAUCAAGGCUGUUCAAUUUCGAUAUAAUGCUUUCUUGAAAAAUGAUUCAGAUCAGAUACAAAAAAGUGAUGAAUUGAUAGAAAAGGAAAUAGAUACUGUCGAAGCAGAAGAGAAAGAGGACGGUAUUGCAUCAGGUACAAAAUUACCUGAACAAAGUGCAAUGGAUUGUUCAAAUCCAGAGGUUAGCAGCCCACAGUGUGGUCUGGAAGAGGUUUCUCAAAAUGCCGAACUGCAUGUUACUGAAUCUGAAGAAAGUAUAAUAGAGACUGACAACGUUGAUUAGUCAUUGCCAUAACAGUUUCACAUUGAAGCACUCUUAUCUUUAAAAGUUGAUACUCAAUAUAUUUUAUGAAUAGUGUUAUAAGGAUGUUCCAGUUUGAGUUAUUUGACAGGAAUUGUCAAUGAUUUAUUUUUAUACGCUGAGUUUUUAUUUUGUUGAUAGUUUUAGGAAUAAAACCUUACUUUUUAAA